AUGUUUGUGUGGCAGAACGCAGAGGAAGCGCAGCAUCAGCCAGAGGCCUCCUCACAGCCCCCACACCCCACCUCCCCUCUGUGCAAGCCGCGCUGCAGAGCUCUGUACCAGUACAUUGGUCAGGACACCGAUGAGAAUUCAGCUUCGAAGUCAAUGACGUCCUUUGAACUGGCUCAAAGAAGUCAACCCUUACUUACAUUCUUUAAGCAGUUCAAAGUCGUCAUUGACUUCGAAGCAGAUCUCAUCGGUGGUCCGGACCAUGUACUGGAACAGAGCUCAGCAGCGCGGUGCCCACAUGGGGGAGGCGGGGGUUUGGGGCUGGAGGAGCCUCUGGCUGUUGCUCGCUGCCUCUGCUUUCUGCCACACAAAACAUAA